UCGGACAAUUCGGGGUCCGGGGGAGCCCUUGGGGCUCCAGGGGGCACUCGGAGGUCAGGGAGGGGAAUCUGGGGGCCCUUCGGGGUCCGGGCGGGCACUUGGGGGGCUCUGAGGGGGCUCUCUGGGGCGCGGGGCAUGAUGGGAGUUGUAGGCGCGGGUAGGACACGGUUGAACGGGGCCGCGGAGCAUCACGGGAGUUCAAAGCACAGCGCCAAUGGCUCUCAGGGGCGCGGGGCAUGCUGGGAGAUGAAGUCACGGCUGGAAUAGCGCUCUACCGGCGCCGCGGAGCAUGCUGGGAGCUGUAGUCCCGGAAGUGGCUCGCACAGGGCGUUUGGGGAUCGGGGAAGGCACUUGGGGGACACUUUUGGGUCCGAGCCGCGAGUGCGGGUCCUCAGCAGGGAAUGUACACGGUUCGGGAGCACUUGGGGGAGCUUGGGGAGCUCUAACCGGGCUCUUUAGGGCGCGGGGCACUGCAUGAGUUUUCGGCGCGGAACUGUGUUAUGAGGGGCUCUGAGGCCGCGGGGGAUGACAGGAGAUGAAUUCCCAGAAGCGGCUCUAACGGGCAUCUGUGGGGUUGGAGCAUUCAGAGGAUCUGGGGACGCUUUUGGGGGGUCACGAACUGGCGCUGAGGGGAUCUUACAGAUCCUGGAGGGUCUGGGGGACACUGAUGGGACACACGGGGGGCGAUACCGGGGCUCUGUGGAGCGCGGGGCAUGACGGGAGUUAUAGGCAAAAAGAAAAUGAUGGCGCCGACAGCAGGCACCGCCUCCGAGGUCCCGAUCCCCGGCGCUGAUUGGCUGCGAGUCGUGACUGGCAGAAGGCUCGGCAAAUGGGCGGAGUCCAUGAUGCCCAGAAUGAAGAAAUGUCCAACAGCAGCUCCAUCAGCCACUUCCUCCUGCUGCCAUUGGCACACACGCGGCAGCUGCAGCUCCUGCACUUCUGCCUCUUCCUGGCCAUCUCCCUGGCUGCCCUCCUGGCCAACGGCCUCAUCAUCAGCGCCGUAGCCUGCGGCCACCUCCUGCACAGCCCCAUGUUCUUCUUCCUGCUCAACCUGGCCCUCAGCGACCUGGGCUCCAUCUGCACCACUGUCCCCAAAGCCAUGCACAAUUCCCUCUGGGACACCAGGAGCAUCUCCUACGCAGGAUGUGCUGCACAGCUUUUUUUCUUUGCCUUUUUCAUUACAUCAGAAUUUGCCCUUCUCACAGUUAUGUGCUACGACCGCUACGUGUCCAUCUGCAAACCCCUGCACUACGGGACCCUCCUGGGCAGCAGAGCUUGUGCCCACAUGGCAGCAGCUGCCUGGGCCAGUGCCUUUCUCUACGCUCUGCUGCAGACGGCCAAUACAUUUUCCCUGCCCCUGUGCCAUGGCAAUGCCCUGGGCCAGUUCUUCUGUGAAAUCCCACAGAUCCUCAAGCUCUCUUGCUCACACUCCAAACUCAGGGCACUUGGGCUUCUUAUGGUUGGUGCCUGUAUAGCUUUUGGCUGUUUUCUGUUCAUUGUUUUCUCCUAUGUGCAGAUCUUCAGGGUUGUGCUGAAGAUCCCCUCUGAGCAGCGACGGCACAAAGCCUUUUCCACCUGCCUCCCUCACCUGGCUGUGGUUUCCCUGUUUGUCAGCACUGGCUUUUUUGCCUACCUGAAGCCCCCCUCCAUCUCCUCCCCAUCCCUGGACCUGGCCCUGUCAGUUCUGUACUCGGUGGUGCCUCCGGUCCUGAACCCCCUCAUCUACAGCCUGAGGAACCAGGAGCUCAAGGCUGCAGUGAGGACACUGAUCACUGGAUGAUUUCAGGAACAUUAAACAGCUGGCAAAUUUAUGAAAAUCGUUUGUAAUAAAAUAAUAUUUCAUAACACUUGUCAGUUUGUAUGGCGGGUUUUUUCUUUGUUUUAGUUUUCAGUGAUAUUCACAAACCAAGAACGCUGUUUAUGCCCUUUCUCUUUUUGUUAUUCUCCACAUUUUCUCUGGUCCAAUACAGUGUCAAUGAGGAGCUGUGCUCUAGGUAAGUUUUCAAGGAACAAAAUUAUUUCCUAGCAGAGUUUUCACAGGAAAUCCCCCUUUAGUUCCCUUCUCAGUGGCUGCAGCAGCAAUGUCUGUGUGCAGAGCUGGGGCAGAUCAGUGCUGGCACAGCAGCUGUGCCCAGCAGCAGCAGCACUUGGUGUUGCCAGUGCUGCUGCCGUGGCCCUGCCCCGCUGCCCUCCUGGCCCUGCUGUUGCUGUAGGGCCUGAGUGCUCUCGGGGCCGGGCACAGGGCUGGGGGUGGCAGUGCCGGGGCUGCAGCAGGGACAGGCCAUGGGCACUGCUGGGGCAGCGCUGACGCCUCAGGCCAGGGCCUGGGGGCUGCAGGCUCCUUGCCCAGGCUCUCUCCACAACACGGCCAGGCCAAUGCUCAGCACAGAAAAGCCCCGUCAGCAGCCCCAGGCUGGCCGUGGGCAGGCUGGGGACAAACAGCAUCGCACCAUGGGAACGUCCCUUGGGGAGCAGGAUCAUCCUCCAAGUGCCUCAGGAAUUGUCUGCAGGCUCCUGCAGUGCCUCCUGCUGCUCCCUUGCCAGAGGCACCACAGGCCAUGGGGGCACAUCUGCCCUGCUGUGUCUGCCUGUGGGGCUCCCUGCUCUGGGCAAUGAGGAGGGGCUGCAGAGGCUCUGCAGGACUGACAGGAUGGGCUCUGGGGCUGUGAGGAGAAGCUGAGGGACCUGGGCUGGUGGUUUCAGAGAAUCACAGAAUCAGCCAAGCUGGAAAAAACCUUGGCGAUGAUUAAGUUUAACCUGUGCCCUGACACCACGUUGUCUGCCCUGAGCCUCCUCUUCUCCAGGAUCAACAACCCCAGCUCCCUCAGCCACUCCUCACAGCACUUGUGUUCCACACCCUUCACCAGCCUUGUUGCCCUUCUCUGGACACGCUCCAGCCCCUCCAUGUCCUUCCUAAAUUGGGGGCCCAGAACUGGACACAGCACUCGAGGUGCAGCCUCACCACUGCCCAGCACAGGGGAAGAAUCCCUGCCCUGCUCCUGCUGCCCACACCAUUCCUGAUCCAGGCCAGGAGCCAUUGGCCUUCUUGCCCACCUGCCCACACUGCUGCCUCAUGUCCAGCCUGCUGUCCAGCACUGCCCCACGUCCCUUUCUGCCUGCCCACUGUCCAGCCACUCUGUCCCCAGCCUGCAGCACUGCAGGGCUUGUUGUGGCCAAAGUGCAGGACCUGGCCCUUGGUCUUGUUCAGCCUCACCCUGUUGGAUUUGGGCCCUGGAUCCAGCCUGUGCAGGGCCCUGUGCACAGCCCUCCUACCCUCCAGCACAUCCACACUCACACCCAGCUUGGUGUCACCUGCAAAUUUGCUGAUGCUGGACUCAAUCCCCUCCUGCAGAUCCUCAGUGCAGAUAUUGCAAUCCCCGCUGGCUGCCUCUGAGCCCUGGGCCAUCCUGGGGGUGCCCUGGGAUGGCUCUCAAGGGGAUCUGUUCCAUCCCCUUGCUGGGCACCCAGGGCAGGCUGACAGGCCUGCAGUUCCCCACAUCCUCCUUCCAGCCCUUCUUGGGGAUGGGCUCCCAUUGGCACCUCCAGUCCUCUGGGCCCUCCCUGCUGAGCCAGGACUGAGGAGAAAUGAUGGAGAGCAGCUUGGGGAGCUCAUCCAGCAGCUCCCUCAUGGCCCUAGCAUGGAUCCCAGCUGGUCCCAGAGACACCUGUGAGCAUCUGAGUGCCUCAGCAGGUCCCCAGCUGCUUCCUCCUGGAUUGCAGGGGGGCUCUUCUACUCCCUGUGCCCAUCUACCAGCUCAGGAGGACUCUUGUCCUGAGGACAGCCUGUCUUCUUGUUGAAAACUGAAGAAAAGAUGGGGUUAAAUACUGAGUUGUGGAAUAAGGUUUUUACAAUUUUAAAUCCUAAAGUGUUCUGCUCACACUGGAACUUGGGGACACUUUCAAAGUCGUGUCCCUCAGUAGAACCCAUUCAAACCUCAAGAAACUUUGGAGUUUGGUUCUGAUUUUGAAUGCUUGAGAGAUUUCUUCAACUCCCUCUCAGUGACUGAUGCUCAGGGACCCAGCACCCAACCCACAGGAGAAGUCCUGGUGCUGUGUCUGUGCUGCUGAGCUGGGCCGGGCUCCUGGCACAGAGGCAGCUCCUGGCAAGGGCAGCACUGCAGAGACAGCUCUGCCCAGGAGCAGCUCCUCUCCAGCCCAGCAGGGCUGGGGCACUGCCUGCAGCCACCCCGGGCACAGCACAGAGGCACAGAGAGAUGGGAGCAGCCUGGGCUGGGAGGGUGACUGAGCUCUCAGUAGGGGAGAAAUCUGCACAGUGUUUGCAUCAAUCAUUCUCUGGCUGUAGCAAAGUUAAACUUCCAUUCCUGGAGGGGUCUCCUAAGGCUGGCACAUCCCACAGUUUCCAGGAUCUUUUGCAGGGGCUCUCCCAGUUCCUCUGGCACAGAGGAGGUGGCCACAGGGCAGAGAAGGGCAGUUCCUGCAGGCAGCAAGGGCAGGCAGCAGAAGGGAGAAAGAGGGUAAAGGUAGCCUGGGGUGGGAGCACAGGAGAGAGCCCAUGAGGGGAGAAAGCUCUGGCUGCAGAGCAAUGCAGGUGAGUCCCUGGGAGUGCUCUGGCAAUGCCAGCACUGACAGGACCUGUCAGGAAAGGUUUGUGCAAUCUCCUUUCAGGCCCGGAGGUUCAAGGGCUCAGCAGCAAAUGCACCACGGGGCUCAGUGGGAUCAAGAAGGUCCUAACAAAGCACGGCUCUGCCUUGAUUUCCCUCUGGGGUCUGGUGCAGUUCAUAAGGAAAUGAUGGAGAAACACUUUUAGAAAAAGAUUUCACAGAUGUUCUAAGAAAUACACAUUUCUGUUAUAAAGAGUCUGUUUUAUUACUGCUCUCUUUGGGGCAGAGGUGAUUGCAGCAUUCUGUGACUGACAUUGAUCCAGGGUCUCUCCUCAGGAGGCCUGGCCUGCUCAGAGAAGCUGUGCCUUGAGGGCUGAGCCAGUGUGGACAACCUUGCUGCACAUUGCCCAAGCCCAUCCUGUGUGUCCUCCCUCACCUGGGACCUGCUUUGCUUGGAGAGCUGCCUGCACUCAGGAAUAAAAGGGGUUUCUAGUUUUUUGAAGUAAUGUAAAACUCCUAAUUUUCCCCACAGGAAACAGACCCACUCCUCAAGUGUGUGCCAGCCCAAGGUGCCACCAAAACCCCUCCAGCCCUGCCCUGGGCCAGCCGUGAGGGUGGGUCAUCAUCCCAACCUGCACUGGGCCCUGCAAGGGGCUGUGCCCACGGACACUGCACUGACCCCACUGCUGGGUUUGGGGGCCACGGACACCGUGAGCAGUUCCAGUUUCCUUGGAAACACUGGGGAGGACUGGGACAACCUGGGAACACAGGGAAUGCUGAGGGGGAAUGUGGGUGGACUGGGAUGGGCUGUGGGGGUACCCUGAGACAUACUGGGACACACUGGGAGUGGUACUGGGCAAUACUGGGGUAAACUGGGGAUACUGUGAGUGAUACUGGGGCAUACUGGGAAAAACUGGGGACACUGGGAACAUUGUGGGGAAGACUGGGGGACAAUGGGGUGUACUGUGGAUAAGUCGAACUGGAAUGAAUAAGAAUUAACUCAGGUGUAUUGGGAAGGCCUGGGCUGUAUUGGGAGGGCCUGGAGGGGCACUGGGGUUGUACUGGGCUGUACUGGGGAUGAACUGGGAUGUACUGGGAGGCAGUGGAGUGGUUGAAGGGGCUGUUCCCGCCUCCACCACCUCCCAUUUGCCGAGGCUCCCGCCCAUCAGGGCCCGCAGCCAAUCAGCGCCGGGGACCGGAGACUCAGGGCGGUGCCUGGCGUCGGCGCCAUGUUUCUUUUUGUCUCCAUCUCCCGUCAUGCCCCGCGGCCCGAUACAGCCCAUUGCAGGCGGGACUACAACGCCCGUCAUGCCCCGCGCUCCAUUGACCCCCGCCCCCUCCGAUAUCCGCCCGCCCUUUGUCCCACAAGUGUCCCCAGACCCUCCAAGAUCUGUAAGUGCCCCCUGCACGCCCAUUCCUGACCCCUAAAAAGCGUCCCGAAUGCCCUGAGUGUGUGGGCUCCCAACCCCACAGAUGCCCUUUCUAGCAACUUGGGGAAUUCAUCUCCUAUUGUCCCCCCGCAUAACACAGUUCGGCACCUAAAGCCCCUGCCGUGCCCCGCGCCCUAAAGAGCCCGGUUAGAGCUUACCAAGUUCCCCCCACGUGCUCCCGAACCGUGUACGUUCCCCUCGAGGACCUGAAGUUGCGGCUCGGACGCAAAAGUGUCCCCCAAGUGCCUUCCCCGAUCCCCCAACGCCCUGUGCGAGCCACUUCCGGGACUACAGCUCCCAGCAUGCUCCGCGGCGCCGGUAGAGCGCUAUUCCAGCCGUGACUUCAUCUCCCAGCAUGCCCCGCGCCCCUGAGAGCCAUUGGCGCUGUGCUUUGAACUCCCGUGAUGCUCCGCGGCCCCGUUCAACCCUGUCCUACCCGCGCCUACAACUCCCAUCAUGCCCCGCGCC